CCACCGCAGGCCCCUCACCAUGGGCUGCUGCUACAGUAAAGAGCUUCCCCCGGACGAGAGGAGCGGUCUGCUGGAGCCCCCCUCUGCCCCGAACACCGCGAGCCAGGAGAGACUGAGGCAAGGCGGGCUUGAGGUGCUGCGACAUGUGACCCUAGAGCCAGAGCCAGAGGAGGGGGGCACCAUCACCAAACCAUCACCAAACAGGCUGCCCACGAGGAGCGGGACAGGGCCACACACUCACCAGGCUAUUCUUAACUCCACUGGACCCCCGGACACCAAAGACAGCAGCUCUGCCAUUACAAGACAAACCAAGACUUUUUCAACUUGUCUAGAGGUAACUGAUAAAGACGCAUUUACUGUCUUAUCCCAAGAGACAAGCACCAAAGACAGUAGCUCUGCCAAUAUAAGGCUAACCAACACUUUCUCAACAAGUCCAAAAGAGCAGAAUCCUACGGAGGUAACAAGUAAGGACAUAUCUACUUUCCUCUCUAAAGAGACCUUCACCACAGACUUUUCUGACACAAGGAUAAGUGAGUGUCCCUCUAGCAGUGGUUCUACAAGGCAGAGUCCCGGAGCCCGGUCUGACAGCUGCCCACGUGUAGCCCCAGUCCACACCCAGGACAGGCCUCUGCUGAGCGGGGAGAGAGCGCGGGGUCGGGGGGGUGCUGUGGAGGUCAGGGGUGAAGUUUGUGUCGUGACUGCCGCUCUAGGGGAGGGCUUCGAAAAGAGGACGCAGAGUUUCUACAGUCUAUGCUCCAUCGACGAGGACGAACUGAACCACAGCGACAGCCAAUCACAAGCCACGGAACGACCACCCACCGGUCCAUCACCCACGGCGGAGUGUAUAGUGUCCCCGCAGGAAAAGACGCAAGGUUGUGUUCGGACUUUACCUGUGGAUGCCAUUUUGUCAAGUACAAUAAAGAAAUCACCUGAGCCGUUACAUGACCAGCAGCUAUCAGCACAGAUACCUUUAGACUCGCCACUCAAAUCAGCUGAUAAAACACAAGCAGGAAAUGGACUCAGUCAAACAGCGCUGUCUGAAAACCACACAAUUCAACUCAAUGAUGAAAAAGAUAAGAUAGAGUUUAUCACUGACUCGAGUGUGGACAGAAAUGAGCGCCAGGAGGUGGCAGAGUGCUUUGAGGAGCAGGUAAGCAGCUGUCAAGGAAACAAUGACACUGUUAAACUGUACAAAGAAGAUUUAAAAGCACCAGAAUCCACCACAAGGUUACAGCCAUUUCUUGAUACUGACUUAUGCAAAGCUGAUUUUGAUUUGGUCAACGAAAAAUCUGCAGGCGCUCAUCUGGAGGAAAACUCACAAACUGAGCCCUGUGAAGGAAAUCAAACAGUAGACCUGCAAAAAAGAGACGAGGGGGAGGUUAAUGCAGUACAAAUCUGCCUGUCAGAGAUAGAGCAGAGGUCAGGAGGUCCAGCCCUGAAUCACCAUAGUGUAACCAUAAGAGAGUCAGGUGCUUCUAAACCUACCGGUGACGCAGAGACAGGAGCUUCUAAAUUGAUAGGUGAGAUGAGCGGGGAAAACAUUUGUGGAUUUGAGACUGUGACAAAAGCAGAUGAACUAUCAGAGAACCACACAGAGGCACCAGCAGAGGGCGGUGUUCAGGGUUUAUCUGAGUCAGUCCAGUACAGCAUUGAAGUCGAGAAGUCAGAGUUUAAGCCUGAAAUACAGCAGUCUGGAUUUGGUGCGGACAGUUCUCUUCACAUGGAUAGCACAGGUAAGACAGAUACAGAGGAGAGAAGGAGCAGUGAUCACGCUAGCUCUGUAGAGUCAGUCACAUCACAGGAUGGUGACAGAACAGAGGAAAGUUCAAGUUCAGGACAAGACAGUGAACCUAAGAUAAGAAAACCAGGCUUGAAUAAUCCUAACUCUGUGCUCCACAAACAAACAUUAGAUAAAAAUGACAGAGCAGAUACAGUCUUAGAAAAAUCCAGUGAAGGUUCCGAGGAGCAGACAGGAGAACGUAGAACAGCAGAGAGCAUCAGCCAUUUCUCACAGAACGACCAAAGUUUAGAGCCACACUCUGACCACAAAAUCCACCAACUCGCUUUAAACAUAAUUAAAAGUGAAACGCCUCCAGCUCCAUAUGUCUGUAUACGUGACAAUACAGACGUUGAUAGUUGUAAUUCACCAAGCUCUAGUCCAAAUGAAGAAGAUGUUACUGAAAUAGCAGAGAGUUUAGCAUCUCCCACUGUUCUAAAGCAACAGAACACCGUAUCAUCACAUCUGACAUCACUCAGAGAACACCUCAGAGAAUCUGAUCCAAGUAGAGUGGAUUCAGGAGAAAAUAUCAGUGUUGUUAAACAAGAGGAUGCGAGGCAGUGCAGUUCAACAGAGACUGAGGUCAGAUUACAAACUAUUUACAAGGACUCAGGAGCAGAGAUCAAUGCUCCUCCUCUAACCAAACACAGCUCCAAACUGUCAACUGGUGUGAAGAGUCCGGAGGAAACAGCUGUACAAGAGGCAUUGGAGGAUGCAGAGGGUGGGUCCUGUGGUGCACUAGGACACACAGAGGAGUCUAGUCAACACAAUUUACCUCAUCAUCAAACAGAAGAGCAGAGAAAUCGUGGACUCUCAAAUACAGAUGUUUCACUGAGUUUGACACUGGAAACAAAUCUCACUGAAGCGCUGGACCCAAAACAUGUCAUAAAUGUCUCAGAUUCUGCAGACAGCGAGGCUAAAGUGAGCGCUGGUGUAGAGGACACUGAGAGGGUGUUAGCUGAAAAAACACCAGCUAACAUAGAGACAGGAGAUCAGCUCGAUCCUACUCUUUCUACAGUACUGUGCACUCAUGAAAACAGUGAUGGAGAUGCCUCUGUGCUUCCACAAACUUCACUAGAAACAAUAUUGUGUGGUGAACCGGCACACGCACAAGUUUGUAAUCUCAAAAAGGAUUUUGCUUCUCAAUCGCCACAAGAAAAACACACAGAGAUUAAACCGAAAGCCUUAAGUGAAGAUCAAAGGAGCGAUCCCAGUUUAGUAACAGCAGAGAAAAUGGGAGAGGAGAGUUUAGCUUCAGAUUAUGAAAAUACAACUUCAGAUCUGAGCAAUUUCACCCAAAUAUCUCAAGAGCUUCAGCCUAAUGGUCAAAUAAAGAGUGUGUACAUGGAUAGAGGUCCUUACGAAAUAACAGCAGAAAAGGACAAAAUACACACACCAAUGGAACACAAUGAGGUGUACCAUUUGUCAAAGGAAAAUACAGAUUCAGACAUGACAGAGUGUGAUGUUUCUACUCAACUAUCAGAGGAGCUGUCACAGAAUACAGUAAACACUGGAAGUGAGGCCAGUUUGGUGUCUCCACAACCUUUAGACAAGAACUCAGAAGAAUGGUGUGAGAGAGCUGCACAUGAGAAGCACACCGCCCUGACUCCAAACGGCGAUGUGUCUGUAGAUCCUUUAGUGAGCGAAGGAGAGGCAUUUGCGUUGGUGGAUCCAGGUCAGAUAGACAUCUACGCCUCCACUCCCUCCUAUGAGAUCCAUUGUGCUCCGGCCCCGAGCAUCACGGCUUCCCCAGAGGACGAGGAGGAGGAGUGCGGCAUGAGGCACAUGGUGUCAGAGCUGCUGGGGGAGGACGCGCGCUCCUCCAUGUGUCACCUCUACCCACAAACAUGGAUCAAACUCGGGCUGGAGCAGAACUGUGAGGGCUGGGCUCAGGGGGCGUCUCAGGCUGAGCUCACCCCCUGGAAGAGCAUUGACCCUGGGCAUGGUGCAGAGAACAUCCCUGCAUCUGUGUCAGAGCUCCAGCCCUCCAUGGCUCUGCUUGGAGCUUAUCCCUACAGCACAGUGACCCCACAGGGAGGCUGCAUCUGGGACUGGCACACAGGGAACGAGCCUGUGCCCAAGACCACCCUGAACCCAGAGGCUAAAGCAUGGACCGGAGCCAGGUUCACCUUCAACACAGAAGACUCCUACUGCACCCAAAACACCUAUGUCUCCAAGCCCCUCUAUAACACCCAGGGCACUGAGGGGGUCCAGUACAACAGCAUCCAGCCUGACCAUAAUGGCUUCGCUCCGGAGCUGUGUCUGGAGACCAUGGGGCUGCUGGAGGCUGAUGCCGUCUAUGACCCCUCACUACAGUAUGAGCCCUUCGGUUCAGAGGCUACAGUGAACGGACAGACACUCACUCACACGCCCCCUCUGAGCCCCGCCCCGAACCUCAUCUCCACACCUGCACCUGCCCUGGCACCUGCAUCUGUCUCGCCUGACUCUGACAAAGUGAGAGAGCAGCUCCGGAGCUUUCUGGAGUCCUGCCUCACCAGGGAACACCUGAGUAAUGACCUGUAUCUGAAAUCUCAGAUGGACAGUGAUCAGUACCUGCCCAUCUCCACUCUGACCAGUCUGGACAAAGUCAAGUCUUUGAGCACCGACAUGGAGCUCAUCACAGACAUACUAAAGUCCCUGUCCCUGGUGCAGGUCGCCCCCUGUGGGCAGAAGUUCAGACUGCAGCAGAGCAGAUGUGUGGUGAUCCUCAGGGAAAUCCCUCAGACCACAAGUGUGCAGGAGUUGGAGGCGCUCUUCACCAGCGACAAACUGCCCAAGUUUCUGAGCUGUGAGUUUGUGAGCAAUGACAACUGGUUUGUGACGUUUGAGUCUGAGGCCGACGCAGAGCAGGCCUACAGGUUCCUGCGUGAGGAGGUGCGUGAGUUUAAGGGGAAGCCUCUCAUGGUUCGGAUAAAGGCCAAAAUGAUGGCCGCUACAAGCUACGGCCCAACAAAUGGCUUCAGACGCGUCCCCACGGAGACCAGCCCCGGGACCUACUCCUACUUCGAACAGAACUGCCCCGAGCUGCAGGACCAACUCUACCACUUCACCAGCGACAUGUGGACUUCCUCUGGGCCGGGAUACCAGGAGAGCGGGGAAGGUGGACAGAUGCCCUCAGACCUGGUGAAUGAUUUUGUAAAUGGCGCUUCAGCUGCUGCCAUCUUCAAACCGUUUAACCCCUACAAACAGAGGAGAGGCUCUCGCUGGUCUCACUCAGACCGGAGACCAGACCAAGACUCCGAGAGGACCCGAGACCAGAAAGAGGACCAGAAACCGGAUUAUAGAUUGGACCGCGGGGGUCGAGGUCGGAGCAGAGGCCGGCGCAGCAGAGGGUUCAAUGACAGGACAGACUCAGUGCCCCCUGGAGAGCGCAGCAGGAGAGGUCAGAGAAAGCGAGAGAACAUGGACAGUGACAGCUCCACUCUUCCUGCACGUCAGCCCUCUCCUCCCCCAGAGCUCACCCUCUCCAGCUUCCCUCCACUCUCUGCCUCUGCAGCGCCCACUACAGACAAGGUCAAGUUUUCUGAGCAUAAGUCUGCCCCACCACUGCUGCAGGGAGCCUGGACCGAAGCACACGUGCUGACGGAGGCUCAGAGAAAGGACAGACUUGCUCAGGCCUCCACACAACCUUCUGCACUGACACAAGACACUGAGUCCAAGAAGCUGAGCUACGCACAGAUCUGUCAGAAGUCCUGUCCCAGAGACACCUCUCCUGUUUCCCUCCAACAAAAUGACAUCAAACCAGCCCAAAAGGAACCCAGCCACAGUGAAGAGGCUCCCACUGCAGGAGGUGCUACUGAGCUGGCCCUGACCCUUCAGAGUACAGCAGGGGGCACUACUGAACCUGCAGCGGAGGUAGAGUCCACCCCCAUGUACCCAGGGCAGGAGGCUGAGGCCAUACGGUGAUGUCAUGAUUUUACUCUUGAUUUAUGUGGUCCACAUCACUAAACCAGGACGUGAUCUUUGACCUGCGGUUCAGUUCACUUUUACACACACCUGAGGAGUCAUCUAUUUUAGUUUUGGAGCAAUGCAAAAUAACCAGGUGCAUUUUAAGCAUAGUAAAAAUGGGUGCCUUUUUAAUGUAUAUUUGUUUCUUUUUUAAACAGCAUAUUUUGUGUCUAGUCUAAGCACUGACUGUUUUUGUUUUUGAAGAGCACUGCACCACUGCAUAACUCAAUUUGAACUAUAAGAAUUUAUACUUGUCAUGAUUUUUUGUGUGUUGGACAGUAUUUCAGAUUUGUUUUUACAUGUUUGAGGAGUUUGUGGUUUAUUGUGAGUCCAAAGCAUUGUUUUAGUCCACAGGAUGUGAAUGUUAAAUGUUUAGUUUUGCUGUUUAAUGUGAGUGUUGUGGCACUGUUCAGUCUGUACAGAUGUACAUAAGCUUGAGAGUUUAUUAAACAAGGGCCUUUGGAAUUUG